UGUGAUUCAAUGUGAUAAACGAUGCCAUAAUAGUGAAGGGUGAUUCAACAAAUUAACACUUGUGGGUUUUGCGGAGGGUUGAGAGAAGCUGUUUCCGUGCCUAUGACUUGUUACAUCAAGACUUUUUCAUAAAAUAAUCAUACAUGUAAUUUUCAGCUAAUUAAAUGGGCAAAGGCCACUAGGCCAAUUGGUUUGCUUCAUUGACUCUUGUUUAGUUUUAUGAUCUACACGAAGCUAGCUUCCAAAAGACAGCAAGCUUUAUCCUUUUUUUUUUUAUAAUCAAGUCGUAGCAAGUUUUUUCCACUCUAUUUAAGCCACCCUUUUUUGCUCCAAAACCUAACAACCCUUCCUCUCUCGUUCUCUCUUCCUCUCCUUUAUAAUUGCUCACUCAUUAUAAUGACCAUGGAAGACAAAAUAACGAGGCAACACUCAUGUAACCCUACUUCACCUGCUUCAAAGCUAGCCAUGCACAGAGAUUCACAUGUAAUUUCCAAAUUCAAGCCCAAGGUUCGCAUAAUUCACAUAUUUGCACCAGAGAUCAUCAAGACUGAUGUUGCAAAUUUUAGAGAGCUUGUUCAGAGACUCACUGGCAAACCUGGUGAUGAUGGAAUAAGCACUCAAGGCCGCAACAGCAGAAGCUGGAAGAAGAAAACAAGAAGGAUGAAGGAGAAAGAUGGGCAGCUACCUAGUCUGAUACAAAGGGAGAAACUUCAAGAAAAAGAAAAUGAGAUAUGGGGAAGUGGUGAGAAUAAUUCAAGUGAUUUCCUUGAUGGGUUUGGAGAUGUCAGUGGCUUUAUACAUGAUUUGAGCAAUAACUUCUCCUUGCCACCCCAACAGUCUUCUCAUCACCUGGAUAUGUUUGGCGACAUGCAACUUGCUUAACAGAACUUGGGUUCAUUUUUAAUUCAGUACUUAUAGUCAACUCUAUCUCGCAGAAGAAUUAUCAGGCUGCAGGUAUUUGGCUUCUUUUAUAUUGCAGAUUUGGAUGGUUUUGUUCUUGAGUUAGUACCUCAAUCUUCUCAUGGAUGGGGUUUUAGGCCAUACACUUGUAAUUUCUAAUGAAGCAAUUCUCUGUCACUCUGUGAGGAUUGAUUUCAAGAAAAAAGGGUUUGAGAUCUUAGUUUAAUUUUCUUUUCUUUUCCUUGGUGUUUUUGUAUUUUGACUCGUCACUUCUCAUUGAUGUAAAUUGGAAUGUACACUUGCUGA